AAACCCUUCGAAAGAAACCAAGUCAUCCGUGCUCAGGUGAAGCGUCUCUCGGUGUUUCCCGGUUCUGCCAGCGGGAUGCAGCAUUGGACGCGUUUUCCCGGAGAGAGAGGAGCGCGGAAACCGGAAGCUCCGGAGAGAGAGAGAAAGCGAGGGAGAGAGAGAGAAAACCAACCCGGGACCGAGUAAAGUGAGCUGUUUCCGACGAUCCCCUGUGCGCCGACAGUCUGACCGGAACACGGAGAUCACCGCACCUCACCGGGACUCAUCUACCGCCCCGAGCUCACUCCGCGCCGCGUCAGCUCAGUCCGGUGUUUGCGUGUCGUGAAGGAGAAUAAUCGCACUCUGUGAACGCGUCUGACCCGUGGCGCACCUGCGCGUCCCCGGAAGACAUGCACGGAUCACCGGGGACCGACACCCACAGGAGUUCCGCGCUCCGCACCGGAAGACGAAGAUCCGACGCUCUGCUGGCCAUCACCCUCAUCGUGUGUCUGAAAGUCUUCAUCAUCCAGGCGUCUUCGCUCCGGUUCUCCGAGGAGCCGCAGUCUCAGGAUGCGUUACACGGCCGCAGUGCUAUCCUGCGCUGUGAGCUCAGCGGCCCGGAGGACAUGCGCUUCUGGUGGACACAGGACGGCCGGCGCGUGCAGGACUCGAACCGCCGCUUCCAGGAGGGCAGUAACCUGAAGUUCACCGCGGUGGACCGUCACACAGACACCGGCAGCUUCCAGUGUGUAGCGUCCAGCAGCUCCACCGGAGACACCCUGACCUCCGCCAGCGCCUCCUUCAACAUCAAGUGGCUGGAGAGGGGGCCGGUCACCAUGAAUGACCCCGCCUCAGAGGCGGAGCUAGAGGAGGCUGAGCGAAUCGUACUGCAGUGUCACAUUGAUGGACAUCCACGGCCGAGCAGUAAAUGGUUCAAAGAUGGAGUUCAGCUGGACAGAAAGGACCGGAUCCUGACACUGACCAACAUCAGCACAGGGGAUUCUGGGAUAUACUCCUGCUGUGCUCAGAAUGCUGCAGGAAAAGUGUGCAGUAACAGCAACAUCAGCCUCAGUAUCAUCGAUAAGUCUGUUCCCCGUUUGCUGGUGUCUCCGGUGGAUCAGGUGGUCCUGCGUAAUGAGGAGGCCGUGUUUCACUGUCAGUUCAGAUCCAAGCCGCCGCCGCUGAUCGAGUGGUUCCAUGAUGCAGAACCCGUCAUCAACAAAUCAGGGGUCGUGGUGUAUGCUAACGGCACACUGCACAUCACUCAGGUGAAGCAGCGCAGCACAGGUGUGUAUAAAUGUGUGGCUCAGUAUGGAGAAAACAAACAAGUACAUGUGGAGGCAGCGCUCAGGAUUGCAGAGAUCGCAGAUAUGGGCGAGCGCAUGUUCCAGGUUUUCUCUGCGGGACGCAGUGAGCGUGUGCGCUGUGAUCCACCGCGGGGUCAGCCGGAGCCGGACGUGUGGUGGGAGCGUGCGGGAGCUCGAGUGGCGUCUGAGGGUCGAGUCCAUCAGCGGGACGGAGAUCUGAUCUUCAGCCCCACGGACGCAUCAGACUCGGGCGUCUACACGUGUGUCGCCCGCAACACGGCUGGACAGAAGCAGCAGGAGCUCGUGGUCACUGUAGCCACCUCUCCAGAGUGGAUCGUCCAGCCGCAGGACACACACGUGGAGGAGGGUCAGCCGGGUUUCCUGCACUGUCUCGCACGGAGCACGCCGGAGCCACGGGUCACAUGGUACCGCAAGAGCGUCCCGAUCACUGAGGAGGGCUCUCGUUACAAGCUCUUCUCUAACGGCACACUGAGGAUCAACAGCGCAGAGGUGAAGGACAAUCAGACGUACAGCUGUGUGUGUGAGACGGAGGCCGGAUCGGUCAGCGCACACGCACGGAUUCACAUACUGGAGAAGCUGAAGUUCGCUCCCGUCCCGCAGUCGUCUCAGUGUCUGCAGCUGGACAGAGAGAGCAGUGUGAGCUGUGUGGCCACAGGACGAGAGACGCCCGUCAUACACUGGAGCAGAGCAGACGGAGCUGAUCUCCCGUCUCACGCCGCUCAGAUCAACGGGGUUCUGCGCUUCAGGACAGUGACCCGCGCAGACGGAGGAAACUACACGUGUGUGGCGUCCAGCAGCUCGCAGGGACAGAUACGAGCUCACGUCCAUCUCACUGUAGCAGUUGAGGUGGAGUUUAAGCUGCAGCCGGAGCAGACCACGGUCUAUCAGGGUCACACAGCCGUGCUUCACUGUCAGGCGUCAGGUGACCCGCAGCCGUACGUCCAGUGGAUGCUCAGAGACACACAGCUCCUCAGCAGCAGCUCCAGCAGGUUUCAGAAGAUGCAGAACGGCUCUCUGGUCAUUAGUGAUGUGAGCACGGAGGACACGGGUGUGUACACCUGCAUCGCAGGAAACACCUGCAGCAUCAGAGACACCGCGGCGCAGCUCUACGUCGUGGAGAAGCCCGUGCAUCCCCGCGGUGGAGACGAGGAUAAGAGUCAGUUUAAGAUGUUCCAGACCAUCGCUCUGUCUGUGGCCGUGGCCGUGGCGUACAUCAUCGCGGUGCUGGGACUCAUGUUCUACUGCAAACAGAGACGCAAGAACAAACGGCUGCAGAAGAGCCGCGCCGGAGAACAGCCUGAGAUGGAGUGUCUGAACGGUGUUCAGCUGAACGGACACAGGAUGUCUGAGAUCCAGGAGGAAGUGGCUUUAACCAGCGUGAGAUCUUCAGCAAACUCAGAGAAACAGCAGAGCUUUCCCAGAGCGCACCUGCAGACCAUCACCACACUGGGGCGUGGUGUGUUCGGCGAGGUGUUUCUGGCUAAAGCGAGGGCGAUGGAGGAGGCCGGGCCGGAGACGCUGGUGCUGGUCAAGAGUUUGGAGAGUCGAGAGGAAACGCACCGAGCCGAGUUCAGACGAGAGCUGGAGAUGUUCAGCAGACUCGAUCACGCUCACGUCGUGCGACUGCUGGGAGUCUGCAGAGAGACACAUCCUCAUUACAUGAUCCUGGAAUACGUGGAUCUGGGCGAUCUCAAACAGUUCCUCAGAAUAUCAACGAGCAGCGAUGAGAAACUCAAGCCACAUCCCAUCAGCACUAGAACUAAAGUCUCCAUCUGUGCUCAGGUGGCUCAUGGGAUGCAGCACUUAUCAAACAGAGGUUUUGUGCACAGAGACCUGGCGUCCAGGAACUGUCUGAUCAGCGGACAGAGACAGGUGAAGGUGUCUGCGCUCAGUCUGAGUAGAGACGUCUAUAACAGUGAGUACUAUGAGCACGGGCAGGUGUGUAUCCCGCUGCGCUGGCUGCCGGGUGAGAGUGUGUUUGAGGGAGAGUUCUGCAGUAAGUCAGACGUCUGGGCGUUCGGGGUGCUGAUGUGGGAGGUGUUCAGUCUGGGCGAGCUGCCGUACCCCACACUCAGUGACCAGCAGGUGCUGGAGGGUCUCCAGGCAGGUACUCUGCGUUUGUCUCCUCCAGUGAACUGUCCUGCUCACGUCUGCAGUCUGAUGAGCCGCUGCUGGGCGUCCAGUCCUAAAGAACGGCCCACGUUCACCGAGAUCCUACAGACUCUGACUGAUGCCUCCUCAGACACCAAACUCUAGAGGAUCACGACUGCCAUCAGAGACUCGAUCACACACAUUUCAGACGUGAGAGUCUGCUGGGAAACAAACACACUUCUGUCCCAUUAAUGAUCUGUUUACACUAAUGAAGAAGCUCCUUCCUCUUGCUGGAGCCUCAGGGACCCCGAGGAUGACCUUUGACCUCUGCAGCGCAGGACAAUCACAGAUCCAUCAGGUUACAGACACAGAACGAGGUGCUGCACACACAUGAUGCUGGAAUCACGUCAUGCUUGUGUGUGUGUGUGUGUGUGUGUGUUCACAGGAUGAUGUCGUGUCACGAAACACAUCAUUAGUGGAAUUCAGUGACUUCAGUAGUGGGAAACUGAGAGAUUAAUGAUGAAGUGAGAGACUGACAUACAAAGCUAAUACGAUAAACACAUAUUCACUAAUUAACACACGUGUGUGUGAUGAAAGAGAGAUUGCUCUUAAUGAUAAUAAGAUCCUUGUUUUUUCUGAGGUGCUCACAUGAGACUGUUACUGUAAUAAAUAAAUAUGCAAUGCCUCAGAUUGCACACAUUUCUAAGCCAUGAUUAAUCACAUUUUAUUGUAAUUCCCAGUUAAUUUCCACAUGGUUCUUCUGGAUUGGUUUUCUCAUAACACACGACCAAAAAACUGAGAUGAUACACUAAUUACAUUUAAAACUUAAAGUGUCAUGCUGAUGUGAUGUAAAUCAGCGGUUCUCAACCAGGUCCAGUAGGGGUUCUCAAAAACAGUAUUUAAAGAAGACAAAAAUAAGCAUUAAAACAGCAUAAAAUCAAGCUAUUUCUUAUUUUAAUUCACCACUUAAACAUCAAUUUUUGUCUAUUAAGAACUAGAAAGGAAAACAUUGUUAUAUGAGGAAUACUGAUUUAAAAAUGGUGAUUUCUAGACCUGAAAGAGUCAUGAAAAUAGAUCAAAUUUUAAAACAUUUUUAUAUAAUGAAUGUGCAUUUCACUAGUUUUAAUAGGUUAGAAAUAUUUUAUUGGGUCGACAUGUGUGAGUAAAUCAACAAUAAUAAUAAAAACCCUAAUCCUGAUCCAGUUAAUCACAAAUGAGUGGAAAAGUCCUGUAAAUGAAUUGGUCUAAAACAGGAGGAACCCUACAUUCAGCUCCUAUAACUUGUGGAAAGCUGAAACUGAAUGCACAGAAACCCGUAUCCAUAGAUCAAAUAAAACCGUUCCUCUCAGCUGAUGUUAUUGUGAUGCAUGAUGUGGUUUGAGUUUAUGAUGAAGGUUUUGUGUCUCUGGUUUUAAUGAGGCCAGUGCUGGUUUCAUUCAGACUCCUGCAGCACAAACACAUCUUGGACGGUUUGCUCUCAGUGGUUUUCUUCAGAUGAACAGAUAAAAAUAACAGGUCAACUUUGUUUUUUGCAACUAAAAGUGCCUCGAACAUGAAGGACUUAUUUGCUGGGUUUUUUUACAGUAUCUUUUGUAAUGCAGUUAAUGCGUGUUGUUUUUAAGAACUGCUUUUAUAUAUUCGUUUCAUGUGUAUUUCUAUCGUUGUUGCUGAUAUUUGUUUUUAUUCUCUGUGUUCAUCAUCUGUUCAUGUUCAUUUUUAAGGCAGACACUCACAUCAUGAUGCUUUUAUAUUUUGCUUUCUAAAGGUCACAGUAAUCCAGAUGUAAUGCUGCUCUUUUAUUAAACAGUCAUGUUUUUAACA